AUGGUAUCAUGGCUGAUGUACCAGAAAACGCACCAGAGUACUGUCCUGGCACAGCUAGUGGUGAGGCUGGGAAGAGUUCUGCAUGUCAAGGAUGUCCCAAUCAAUCUAUAUGUGCUUCAGGGGCAGCAGCAGGACCAGACCCAGCCAUAGAAGAGAUUAAAGAAAAAAUGUCUACAGUGAAACACAAGAUUCUGGUACUUUCAGGAAAAGGAGGGGUGGGAAAGAGCACAUUUAGUGCUCACUUGGCUCAUGGGCUUGCUGAGGAUGAAGGCAAACAGAUUGCUUUGCUUGAUGUGGAUAUCUGUGGACCAUCUAUUCCAAAGAUUAUGGGUCUAGAAGGAGAACAGGUACAUCAAAGUGGCUCUGGGUGGUCUCCAGUUUAUGUAGAAGACAAUCUUGCUGUGAUGUCUGUUGGAUUCUUGCUUGGUAGCCCAGAUGAUGCAGUAAUAUGGAGGGGUCCUAAGAAGAAUGGUAUGAUUAAACAGUUCCUGCGAGAUGUAGACUGGGGUGAAGUUGAUUACCUGAUUGUGGAUACCCCUCCUGGUACUUCUGAUGAACACCUCUCGGUAGUGCAGUAUCUUAGUGGGGCUCACAUUGAUGGUGCAGUAAUUGUCACUACUCCUCAGGAAGUGUCCUUGCAGGAUGUACGAAAAGAAGUCAACUUCUGUCGGAAAGUGAAAUUACCAAUAAUAGGAGUUGUAGAGAAUAUGAGUGGUUUUAUAUGCCCUAAUUGCAAGAAUGAAUCCCAGGUCUUUCCACCAACUACUGGUGGUGCAGAGAAAAUGUGUAGUGAUCUUAACAUUCCCUUGCUAGGAAAAGUACCUUUAGACUCAAACAUAGGAAAGAGCUGUGAUAUUGGCAAGUCCUUUUUCACAGAGAUUCCAGACUCACCAGCAACCGUGUCAUACCGAAAUAUAAUACAGAAACUUCAAGAUUUUUGCAACGAGAGACACUGA